GACACAUCGGAGUUACGGCACGUGGAGUCUUUUACCGUAGAAGUGUUGACCUUGCUGUGCCACCUGGGCAUCUGUACAGAGGAGCUCGUAUCAAAUAAGCCACCCUACCCUACGUCAACCAAGCAUUGGCGCUAUUGGCCCCACUUAUGUCACCGUUAUCAUGCACAAAACAACUCCCAUCGCAUUGACAACACUGCGAAUCCAAUAGCCACUUGCGACACUCUCCCUAGGCACAAUAUGAGCGCGAAAUCGGAUUACACUCAGGGCAUCGAAAAAUCAGAUUCGACUGAUGCCAUCACCAACACCAAUGCUAACAGAAACAACAUCGAUCCCGACGAGACACCACCAAUCUACUGCGACGCUGAGCCAUCAGCCCAGCCACCAAAAUAUCCUGAUAACCAAUCCACUUCGCCUACUGACCUGCAAAAGGGGCCCACUUCACGACCUAAGCCCACAAAUCAACACAGAACUGGCGCACCCGCAAGUACCAUCGCGGCAGUCCUUGGUUCUGAAUAUACCGAUUUAGAUGCUCAGCGACGAGCAGACCGUAAGAAGAAAACGCUUCGCGAACGCUGGAAUGAUUUUAAGGAAAGAAACUUUGGCGACUAUGAUGUUUCUGAGGACAGGGCUGGAGCGGCGAGUGCGGCCGAGUGGGAUGUGCAGGGUGGGAGGCUGAGUGGAGGAAUGGCGACGCCGUAUCGGAGGAAGGGGAAGUGAGUUGGUAAAUUAGGCCGCGCUUAAAUUGGUGGUUGGAAGGCAGUCUGCCUGGUAGGAGGG